AUGCCGCCAAAAAGAGGCGGAGGUGUUCGAGGAAGAAAAAAAGGUGAACAAGACAAUCCAAGGACAGGAACACCAACCAUCAGCGCAUCACAGGCAUCCCCAAUUGUAGAUGAAAAACAACAAUCAUCAAAUAUGAAACAGCAAUUCAAAAUUGCACCACUGAUUGUUGAAGUGGAGUCACUUACCAAAGUUAAAAUAAGUCAUCUCAUCAAAACUCAUUUACCAGAUGUUAGAGUUAUGAAUAUACAAGCAAAUCGAUCAAAUUCAUUUACACUUUAUGCAAAUGAUGUAAAAUCAUUUAAUCAACUAUUGGUUGAACUACCGAAAGUUAUUCAAACAAACGAAAAGAAAUGUUCUUCCGUAUACAUCCCACGUUCCAUUCAAAGAAUAAUGGAAAAUAAUAAAGAAGCAUUUGUCAAGAUGGUAGAUUUAGAAAUAAUGGAUGAAGAUAUUAAAGAAGCAUUAGAUGAUCAAGGUUUUAAAUAUGAAAAAAUUAUUCGAUUGUUAAAUAAGGAGAAAAUUCCGACUAAAACAAUUAAAGUCACAUUUAUAGAUUCAACAAAUAGAGACUUAUUUGUAAAAGUUGGAUUACAAAUCGAUUCCAUGCAUUUUAUUGCUGAAGCAGCAAAUCAUAACAACAAACCAUCACAAUGCUAUAAAUGUUUAAAAUAUGGCCAUAUAGCUAAGUAUUGUAAAUCAGAUACUCAAAUUUGUUCUAGAUGUGGUAAUAUAAACCAUAAAUAUGAUACAUGUCCAAAUAGCAAUCAAAAUCCUAUGUGUUGUAACUGCAAAGGACAACAUAUAGCAACAUCUCCUGAAUGUCCUAAAUAUAAAGAAUAUCAACAUAAGUUACAACGAACAAUCGAUCAAUAUACAUCAUCAGCAAAAACAACAAAUCCAUUUCAACUAAGUCGUAAUUGGAACAACAACGACGAUUUCCCUACUCUCAAAACUCCUGAGAGAUUUGAAGAAAUAAAAAUUAUCGAAAUAAUCACUGAAAAAAUUAUGUUAAUUGUUGAACAAGCAACACAACGAUUAUUCAAAACUCUUAAUCAAAGAUUUGACAUAUUGACCAAUCGACUCAGCAAGAAAUUUAAUAUUGAUAUAGAAGAAAUCUUUACUGAAGAAGAAGAUGAUAAACAAGAAUCAAGAUCAAAUAAAAAACAAACAAGAAAUCAACAGCAAGAAAUAAAGAAAUCAACCAAGAAACAUCAAGAAGAAAAUAUUGAAUCUACUUCAACUCCAACUGAUGGAAUUAAAAGGAAAUACAUUUCAUCAAAUAGUUCAUUAGAUAAUCCAACAAACUCAACCAAAGAUACUAGAAAUCAAUUUGAUAGUAACAUCGAAGAUUAUAUUCUAUCAACACACUGA